AUGUCUUCCAUUUUUUGUUGCUCUUCCUCAUCUCCGUAUCGACCGGCCCGUCUAACGCACGAGGCUAAGUUCGACCCAUUUAUUGCCUGGGCUAGAAGAUCUGAAUCAACCCCUUCUGCUACUUCGGCCUCGUUUUUCCAGGAUCCUGGUAAUCUGCCACCUUACGCGAUCCAGUUUGUCCGACAAGUCAAUUUUAGUGCUGUCGAGACCAAAAGAUAUUUCAUUCCUCACCCCUACGUAAUGGGGGAUCGAGUUGAAUUCGUGGAGAUUACCGAGCAAGACUUGAUCGCUGGGAACUUUCAGAAGCUCAAUUCGUACAAGAACUUCAAGUGCACAGCGCACAACAAGUUCUUCGAAAUCAAUCUGUACCAAAAGGAUCCAGUUAACCAGCACCAUUGGCGAUUCAAUAUUGCUCGACCAGCUAGUGACAUUGAUCUUUAG